AUGGCUCCGAAUAUGGAUAGUCCGGAAGCGUUCAGCAAGUGGCAAAACGACUACAGUGUCGGCGGUGGUGGAUUCGCUGCAAGGUACCUACAACGGAAAGGAUUUGGCUGGUUAUUGGAGGACGAAGAGGACAACGAGUAUCAAAAGCCAUUGAGCGAAGAGUUGGACAUCAAUUUUGGCGACAUCUAUUAUAAAGUCUUAUGCGUACUGUUCCCCCUGCGUUAUUUCCGUUUGAAGUUAGAACUGGUACGAGAACAGCCAGAUUUUUGGGGACCUUUGUUCGUCGUGCUGAUGUAUGCUUUGCUUUCUCUUUACGGACAAUUUAGCGUUGUUCCAUGGAUCAUGACCGUGUGGUUUUGUGGAUCGUUCAUCGUUUACUUUUUAACCCGUGUCAUAGGCGGAGAAGUAAGCUUCUCACAAUGUCUUGGAGUAAUUGGAUAUUGCAUAUUGCCUCUUGUCGUGCUCAUCGUGCCUCUUUCCUUGGUCACUAGGUUCCCAGCUAUAAGCUCGAUUUUGAAGGUAAUAAUCAAUCCUGAUAUUUUUCUGUGCUCUAUAUUUUCAUUUUUGCAGGCACUUGGAAUUUUCUGGGCUGUGUAUAGUGCCACUGUUUUGCUGUUUGCCGAAGAAAUGCGUGAAAAGCGAAAACUUCUAUUGUACCCUGUUCCAUCUGCUGUGUACGUGAUCUGUUGA